AACAUUCUCUGCUCUAAAAUCCUUAAACCCUAAACCCCCAAAAUGCGAGUCUUGGCUUUUCGAAGCUCCAAUCUAAUAAAGCACAAUCUCGAGAAUUUCCCAUUGAUUCACCUUCACCUCAACUUCAAUCUCAAUUCUACACGACCAAUGUCGCAAUCCACCGCAAUCCCCAAAAAGCAACAAAGAGUUCGCGACCAUGGCUACGACAACUACAUGGAGGUUGAGAAGAAAACCCGCAAGGUACUCAAAUUCCAGAACCUAAUCCUCUCCGAGCCCAACCAAUCACUUCCAAUCUCGCGCCUCGAAACCCUAGCGCGCCGCAUCGGCUUCACGCGCCACGAAGCCGGCGCGUUCAUUCUCAAGUUCCCGCAUGUGUUCGAAAUCUUUGAGCACCCGGUUCAACGCAUCCUCUUCUGCCGUUUAACGCGCAAGGCCAUCCUCCAGAUCGAACAGGAACGCCACGCGCUCGCAUCGCUGGUUCCACUCGCUGUCACGCGGCUCCGGAAGCUUCUCAUGAUGUCGAACGACCUCCGACUACGCCUUGAGCACGUGAGGAUCGCACGCGCCGCGUUGGGGUUACCGGAUGAUUUCGAAUUCUCGGUGGUUCUGAGGUACCCUCAAUUUUUUCGCUUGAUUGAUGCAAAUGAAACUAGGAAUAAGUACAUUGAGCUUGUGGAGAGGGACCCUAGGUUAACAAUUUGUGCAAUUGAGGAGGUUAGGGAGAGGGUGUAUAGAGAGAAAGGUGGUGAUGCUGAAGAUGUUAGGUUUUCUUUUGUGAUUGAUUUUCCGCCUGGUUUCAAGAUUGGUAAGUAUUUUAGAAUUGCAAUGUGGAAGUGGCAGAGGGUCCCAUAUUGGUCCCCUUAUGAGAAUGUUUCUGGGUAUGAUUUGAGGUCCAUUGAGGCCCAGAAGAGAAUGGAUAAGAGGGCUGUUGCCACCAUUCAUGAAUUGUUGUCCUUGACUGUGGAGAAGAAGAUUACUCUGGAGAGGAUUGCUCAUUUCCGAAUGGCGAUGAACCUACCCAAGAAGUUGAAGGAUUUCCUGCUUCAGCAUCAAGGAAUUUUUUAUGUUUCCACUAGGGGGAAUCAGGGUAAACUUCACACUGUUUUCCUUAGGGAGGCAUAUAGGAAGGGCGAGCUGAUUGAGCCUAAUGACUUGUAUUUGGCACGUAGGAAGCUGGCUGAGCUGGUCUUGUUGAGUCCCCGGAAAGCCAAGGUUGAUAGGGAAUUGGUUGGUUACAGAAGAAGCAGGUUAGAUGAUGAAAUGGGGCAAGUAACAAGAGCAUAUGUGGAGGAUGCUUGUGAAGACUUCAAGGUUGAAGAUGGUGGGGUGCUAGAUAAGGAUGCAGUGGAUGAUUUGACAUCAGAUAUAGGUUCUGAUGUUGAUUCUGGAGAUGAGGAUGAUGAUGAUGUUGAGGAUAGUAGUGUAUCAUUGCAAAGGACAUCUUAGCUGAGUAUUAGGGGAAUCUUAUUCGAGCUAUAUUUAUUCAAUUUUGCUAUUGAGAAGUCACUUGAUGCAGUUGACUUCUGAAAUUUUGAAGCAGUAGAUCUGAAGAAGUUGUGAUUCUUGUUUCUACUGCAUCUUAACCAAGAUUUUUUUUUUGUGAUUAACUGCUCUGAUUUAAGGGAUAUGGUCAGACCUACUGGGUUCCUAAUGAAAAUUGUUGAGUCGGAGCACUACUGGCACUAUGUGACUUUGAUAUUCCUGGGAGAUUUUAUUGAGGAUGAUAUCUGAUGCUAACUCAGAUCAUUAACCUAAACUUGAUAUGUUGAGUUGUUUCAUUUACAGAGAGAAAUUAAUGCCUUGAGGUGGAGGAAGGUAUCCAUCCACUCAGUCAUGAGUCAUCACUCCUUUGUCACCAUCAUUUUAUGUGUACAUACACAACCAUUUUUAUCGAAGAAAACACUGCGAAAACAAAGGAAUAACAGCUUCAACUUUGAAGCAUCAUGUUGGAAAAUCAAGUGCCUCGCUUGGAUGUUCAUCAAGACAUCAUAUCUUUUGCUGUGUUCCAAGGUUUACUCAAAGUGGUGGUUGGAAUUGAUACCGACUUUGUUGUUACCUCCAAGACAUCAAAUGAAGAUGGAGACUCUGCUGAAGUUACAUGUUUAAACACUUCUCAUUUCCCCACAACUCUUCUCAUAUUAAACUUGGUUAGAAGAGUGUGCUGGACCAAAACAAGAGUAUAUUAUGUUUUGGAUUGUAAUUAUAUUUAUUGUGGCUUUAAUAUAUGUAUGUUUAUCUAAAUUGUGUGCAGCGUAGAACAAACUGUUUGACGUUAUAAUACUAACAUGCCAUCCAGUUUGAUUAUAUUUCUCUGCCAGCCUCAAAUUCCGGUCUAGAGCUUGCUAUUGGAUGAAAUGGGAUGAGUGGUUCAGGCAAUUUUGGAUGUCCUUGCUAAUGGGACUUCAUGUAGGAGAUGGAAUGUCUGAUACGAGUGUUAGAUCACCAAUGGGAAUGAUUGGAAAUGAAGUCCAGCUUGAGAGAUCUAUGCUUCCAGAUCUUUCAUUAACUGCUAUGGAUGAAUUAAUCAAGUUGGCUCAGCCAGAUACCGUGAGGAGUAUGCAAGAACAUUUUCUCCUUAUCAUGGUCCAAAAUCAUGAAGAGUUAGCUGGAUAAAAAACAAGACUAUAUUGUGUUUUGGAUUGUAAUUAUGUGGCUUUAAUAUAAGUCUAUGUUUCUUUAAAUUGUGUGCAGCUUAUAGCAGAUACUGAAGAAAUCAAAUUAGAACAACUGUUUGACUUUAUAAUGUUAACAUGCCAUCAAGUUUCUU